ACAAGUUUAAAGAGUUGCAAAAAAUCGGCGCCUAAAAUCUGACCGGCACUUGAAGGGAGUGAAUAAACAAAGUCGCGUAGGUGUUAGAUUUGUUGUGAUAAAAGCAAAAUAUUGCUCAGUCGUUCUGCUUCGGUAAUCCCCCUUUAAUUGUGAGUGAGUUUUGCAGGUAUUUAAGUACAGGCAACAGAUUAGUGCCGUGUUGGUCUGCCGGUGGCAGGUUUGACUAUUGGAUGCCUUUAGAGUGUAUGCAGAUCACAGGGUGAUAAAAGUCAGAGGAGAGAGAGAGGGGAGGGAGCCAGCGGUAGCUCAGCGCUAGUCAAGACAGGAUAGGAAGCCUCGCUUUAAGAGCACCUACUACAACAUGGCUGCGUGCACACAUCUCCCCAUGUCUCUCCUCUGCCUGCUGGUCUUAGCGGGCGCGAUUGCAGGCGAUGGGGCUCAUUUUCCAGAGGAGAUCGAGCGGGAGGAGUCGGCCUUGCAGAGGCCGAAGGUCUUGCUGGCCAUCAUUGCCCGGAACGCGGCGCACACACUGCCCCACUACUUGGGCUGCAUCGAGAGACUGGACUACCCAAAGGACAGAAUCGCUCUCUGGGUUGCCACAGACCAUAACAUUGACAACACGACAGCAAUCCUGCGGGAAUGGCUGAAGAAUGUUCAGAAGGCCUAUCACUAUGUGGAGUGGAGACCACUGGAUAGUCCCAAGUACUAUUCUGAUGAAAUAGGGCCAAAACACUGGAGCAAUUCCAGGUUCUCACAUGUGAUGAAACUCAGGCAAACGGCACUGAAAACUGCGAGGGAGAAGUGGGCUGACUACAUCUUGUUUGUAGAUACAGACAACUUGCUAACCAAUGAGCAGACACUGAAUCUGAUGAUAGCUGAAAACUUGACUGUGGUUGCUCCCAUGCUGGACUCUAACACAUUGUACUCAAACUUUUGGUGCGGGAUGACACCCCAGGGAUACUACAGGCGGACUCCUGAUUAUGUUCCAAUCCGAGAAUGGAAGCAUAAGGGUUGUUAUCCUGUUCCUAUGGUGCAUUCCACCUUCCUCAUUGACCUGCGUAGGGAAGCUACGAAAAAGCUGGCAUUCUACCCUCCACACCCCGACUACACCUGGGCAUUCGAUGACAUCAUUGUCUUUGCAUUUUCCUGCAAAGUAGCUGAGAUCCAGAUGUACAUUUGCAACAGAAAUCGUUAUGGCUACCUCCCAGUGCCCCUAAAGGCCCAGCAGUCCUUACAAGAGGAUAUUGAAACCUUUGUUCAUGUUCUCAUUGAAAGAAUGAUUAACCAUCCUCCCAUAGAGCCUUCCAGUAAUGUUUCCACACCUGUAAAACACCUGGACAAGAUGGGAUUUGACGAGAUCUUCAUGAUAAAUCUCAAGCGCAGAACGGACAGAAGACAACGAAUGCUGCGUACACUUUAUGAACAGGACAUUGAAGUCAAAGUGGUGGAUGCUGUGGAUGGGAAAGCCCUCAACACAAGCCAUCUGAAAGCUCUUAACAUUGAAAUGUUACCAGGGUAUCAUGACCCUUACUCAGGCAGAAUACUGACACGGGGAGAGAUAGGCUGCUUCCUGAGCCAUUAUUAUAUCUGGAAAGAGGUCAUUGACCGAGGGUUGCAGAACGUUCUUGUCCUGGAGGAUGACAAUAGGUUUCAGCCACAUUUUCGAAGAAGGAUGACAAAGCUAAUGGAAGAUAUUGAGGAUAACCAGCUGGACUGGGACCUGAUCUAUGUUGGUCGAAAGCGGAUGCAAGUGGACCAUCCAGAAAAGUCGGUGCCUGGCAUUAGGAACCUUGUAGAAGCAGAUUAUUCCUACUGGACACUGGCCUACGUUUUAUCUCAGCAGGGGGCCAAGAAGCUGGUGGCAGCUGAACCUUUUGGGAAGAUGUUGCCGGUGGAUGAAUUUCUACCCAUCAUGUACAAUAAACAUCCGAUGGAAGAUUAUAUGAAGUUCUAUGAACCUCGGGAUUUAAAAGCCUUUUCAGUGGAGCCAUUGCUGAUUUACCCAACGCAUUACACUGGGGAACCAGGCUAUGUUAGUGAUACCGAAACCUCCAUAAUCUGGGACAAUGAUGAAAUACAAACGGACUGGAACCGCAACUUAUCCAGAAAAACUAGGGAACAGGGAGAGAUUGGGGCCGAAGCUCAGAAUACAGAGGCACUGCAACCCCAAACGCCCAUUGACACAGCUUCUCGAGAUGAAUUAUGAUGUGGUUCUGCACUAUUCGGCUCUGAUCUGUGAUCAGGGCCAAUGUUUCUCUGUCAAACCUAUGUGGUUUGGGGAAAAAAAUAUCAUGUCUGCUGGAAGGCAAUUACAAAAUCUCUUGGAAUAAUGUGACAUAGAAUCAAGUGAAAGCUGUAGUAUCUCUUCAUUGGGCUUCUUGCAUCUUUUCAAAAGGUGACCACUGAUUUUAGCAAUCAGGUAUCAGUUACUAUUGGAUUAGUUGAAAUCUUCAAAGUGGUUCCUUUCUUUCCACUUCCUUAUGUCUUGUAUUGGCUUUCACCUGUUAUAUAUCGCUCCACUAUUUUAAGGAAGAGCCAAUGGGUGUGGGAUCUCCUUAGUGCUGUCCAGAGGAUAGCCCUUUUUCUGCUACUGUGCAACUUCAUGCAGAUAUCUGCCUCUCAAAAGAAUCUAUGGUCACAUACUGGUAUAGGAACUGAGCAGGGCUCAAAAUAGUAUGACUAACUCUUCAACUGCUGCAAACCAAUGAGGGCUAGAUUUUCAAAAUUGCUGUUAUCACAAGGGUGCUUUUGGUGCCACAUUCAAUAUUCAGAAUAACACUUAGUAUUUCUGCUAGUCCAGAAUUUCUCUAAGUGGUACUAGUUUUACCAGCUUUGUUACUUUAAAUAAUUGUGUGUUGUGUGUCUGUGCAUGUGGUUGUUUCUAUUUAUUUCUGUUCCUCAGUGGCUUGCAAUUCUUGCUGUAUUGAAUCAGAAGCAAAAUGAUGCCAUUCUUCUCUCUCCAGAAGGACAUUAUUGUUGGUUUUCCUCCAAGAUCAGUGCAAAACUCUACAGUUAAUUUUAGGCCCUUUACUUCAUGGUUGAGUUUUGCCGCUAUGAGCUGGUACAACAUGGAAGUUUGAGUAUUGAUGAAAAAAAACAUUUAUGUGAAGUCUUUACGCAUCAGGACACUCUCAAAAGUACCAACUUAAAGGGAGAAAACAUUCAAACUGUAUGGGCAAUGAGUGCUGAUUGGUACAGGAUUAGAAAAUGGACCCAAACUGCCUAGCCUUGUGGCUUGUUUUGAUUCCUCAACAUCGGAGAUUGCCAUUCCCUGAUUCAUUUAGCAGGACAAUGCCUUGACUCAUCAGUCAAGCUGCCAAUUUAGAAUUUAGCAAAGUUUAGCUGUCAACUGUCCAUCAUCAUCUAACCAGUCCAUUUUCCAUCAAGCAUAGUGCACUUUCCAACCCAUCAAAACUCUUUUCUUGUGCAGUGUAAAGUGUUGUUUCCCUUUAUGUCGAUAUUCUUGCAGCUAUCCUGAUGAAUGUAAAACUUGAAAAAUACAUGUCCUAUUUUACAGCAAUACCCAAGUUGUGUAUUUGAAUAUGGGAACUCUUUGCUAAUGGAGGUAUCCAACAUACAGCUGAUAUGAUUAAAAUGGAAUCUAGUUUUCGGACUUGAGAUGAUUUAACCCCCCGAUGAGCCCAUUCUGUUCUUGCAAAUCGUCUUUGAAUGUUGUAUCAGUCUGGCUGUUGGAAGAUAAUUUUGGAAAAUUGAUCAUUUCUGUUAAC